CCUUCCUGUUCCUAACCACCAUUACAACUACAACACAUCACCUUUACGAUUGCGAUGUCCGAAACUGUCAUCCGGGAGGUUGCGAACGGCGUGUGGACAUUCUCUAGGCCUUUUGCAAGAUUCGGCAUCUUUCCUGUCGGUGGGCGGUCCACAGCUGUAAAGCUAAGAAACGGAGGUGUCUGGGUCUUAGCUUCGACAAAACUUGACGAGGAAACCAAGGCGACUCUUGACCGACUCGGGCAAGUGGAGUACAUCAUCGGUGCAGACGCUGUUCACCAUCUGUUCCUACGAGAAUUCAAGACAGCCUAUCCCGGAGCCAAGCUCGUGGCUCCCCUGGAAGCUGUGGAGAAACCCUCCAAUGAGGGCCUCAAAUUCGACGGAGUUUGGGGUAGGGACGCUCCUGACACCAAGUACGGUUUUGAAGAAGACAUCGAACAUUGCUACUUCUCCGGGUUCAAAAAUCGCGAUGUGGCGUUUUUGCACAAGGACUCUAAGUCCUUGAUCCAAGCGGAUUUGUUGAUGAAUUUGCCUCCAUACGAACAGUACUCGAAGUCAGCCUCCUCGCCUACCGUCCUAGGGAUGAACUUGGGACUUCGCCCGGGGUCCUGGGGAUACUCGCAUAUGAUCCGGAGCCUCACAACUGACCAUGCCAAGAUGAAGGAACACGCGCAAACUGUGUAUAGGUGGGAUUUCGAGAGAAUCAUCCCAUGCCAUGGCGAUGUGAUUGAGAAAGACGGAAAGGUUGCCUGGAAAACGGUCUACUCUUCUUUCUUAGAGUGA